AUGGCAUACAUUGCACCCAUCCACCGCCCCAGCAGCAUCCGCCAUGCGAUCAAACUCACCUUCCUAGCUCCGGACGAGGACUGCCUCGUCGUCGCAAAGGCGAACCGACUCGAGUUUUACACCCAAACCGCGGACGGCCUGUCCCUCCAGCACUCCAAGGCUAUCUAUGGCAAAGUCACAAUGCUCCAGAAACUCCGGCCCGCCCUCUCGCCCACAGAUCAUCUCUUUGUGGGCACAGAUCGGUUCAUGUAUUUCACGCUGUCAUGGAACGCCGAUAAGAAGCAACUGCAGACGGAGAAGACAUUCGAGAGCGUCGCCGACAAUGCCGCACGCGAGUCGCAAACUGGGGAGCGAUGCCACGUCGAUCCCACAGGGCGAUUCAUGACGGUCGAGGUAUACGAGGGAAUAAUCACGGUAAUACCGUUGGUGCAGCGGGGAAAGAAGAGGAAGCAGGAGCCGGAUAUCGCCCAACUCGGGGAGCCUCAGCCUGUCAGGCUAUCCGAAAUGUUUGUUCGCUCAUCAGCGUUCUUGCGACCACGGUCUUUCGACGAAAAGCCAAAACUAGCCCUGCUAUAUGAGGACACCCAUUCACAGGUCAAGCUCAAGGUCCGCGAGCUCUCCUCCGCCGGUGGCGAGGCGGUCGAGCUCGAGGAAGGAGAGCAUUACCGGGGCGACCUGGAGCUAGGCGCCAGCCAUCUGAUACCCAUUGAGGAGCCUACCCACGGCCUUAUAAUCAUCGGCGAGACUUCGAUUGGAUACUAUAAUGAGGAGACUGGGGAGCUCCAAACCGAGCCUUUGGAAGAGGCCACUAUAUUUGUGGCUUGGGAGCGGGUAGAUGCUCAACGAUUUGUUUUCGCCGACGACUACGGCCGGUUAUACCUGUUCAUGCUCAUCUUGGACGAUCACAACAAAGUGCAGUCAUGGAAGCUCGACGUCAUCGGUCAAACAUCUCGAGCUUCUGUGUUGGUGUACCUGGAUGCAGGAUACAUAUUCGUUGGCUCGCACCAGGGCGACUCCCAGGUUAUCAGGAUCACCGAGAAAUCGAUGGAGAUCAUACAGACGUUUUCGAACAUCGCUCCGAUUCUAGACUUCACCAUCAUGGAUAUGGGUAAUAGGUCCGGAGAAGGCCAGACGAACGAAUAUUCUUCCGGCCAAGCGCGAAUUGUCACUGGAAGUGGCGCGUAUCAGGACGGAAGCCUCAGAAGCGUGCGCAGUGGGGUAGGUCUAGAGGAUCUCGGGGUUCUGGGCGAAAUGGAUCACAUUUCCAACCUUUUCAGCCUCAAGUCAAGCGACUCGGCCGAAUUCGUCGAUGCAUUGCUCGUCACCUUUGUCAACGAGUCCCGCGUCUUCAGGUUCGAUCCCCAGGGCGAGGUGGAAGAGGUGGAGGACUUUGCCGGCCUAGCGUUAGCGGAGACCACGCUUGUUGCGGCGAACGUAUCGCAGGGUCGUGUGGUGCAGGUUACGAGCGCCCGAGUCCGAAUAACCGAUCUAGAUGGUGGCAUGACUGUUUCCGAAUGGGUGCCAUCCAGUAACCAGACUAUCACGGCCGGAUCGGCGAACGACAGCCAUGUACUAGUUUCACUGGGUGGUGUUACCGUGGUUGCUCUGGAUAUCGACAAUGGCCUAAGCGUCGUACAGGAGAAGUCCUUCGGUAUCGACAGCCAAGUAGCCUGUGUAGCACUUCAUCCUGGAUCCAGUGCCAUAUGUUUCUUGGGCUUCUGGAAAAACUCCCAGCUCUCGAUCUGCCCCAUCAACACACUAGACGCCAUCACCAGCGUCCAAGUCUCCGACGACUCAGUUCCACGCUCCCUACUCCUCACACAAAUCUUCCCUGAGCAACCGCCUACGCUCUUCGCCGCCACAGCCGACGGCAACGUGGUCACCUAUUCGUUCGAUCCGUCAACGAAACAAUUAUCGGGCAGGAAGAGCAUAGUGCUGGGGACACAGGAAGCCACUUUCCGCGCCUUACCCCGCGGAGACGGCCUGUACAACGUGUUUGCGACAUGCGAGCAUCCUUCCUUGAUCUACAGCUCAGAGGGCCGCCUUGUCUACUCUGCUGUCACAGCCGAGAAAGCGACAACAGUCUGUCCGUUUGAUUCCGAGGCUUACCCAGGUUCUGUCGCCAUCGCAACAUCAGAAGAUCUCCGGAUUGCCCUCGUAGAUACAGAACGAACAACCCACGUUCAGACCCUCAAGGUCGACGAGACAGUGCGCCGAAUAGCAUACUCACCCAACCUAAAAGCCUUUGGUCUCGGCACUAUCAAGAGAAUACUAAAAGGCGGCGAAGAGAUUCUUAUAAGUCACUUCAAGCUGGUCGACGAAAUACAGUUCAAGGAACUGGAUACAUGGCCGCUCAAAGAGGAAGAGUUGGUCGAAAGCGUCAUGCGCUGUGAGCUUCCUGAUGGCUCCGGCAACGUCGCUGAACGUUUCGUUGUCGGCACAGCAUAUCUCGAUGACCAGAAUGCGGUCGCUGAACGGGGCCGCAUUCUUAUUCUAGAAAUCACGCAGGACCGACAGCUCAAGCUCGUUACAGAGCUUGCAGUCAAGGGCGGGUGCCGAUGUCUAGCCAUGUGUGAGGGCAAAAUCGUCGCUGCGCUAAUCAAGACCAUCGUGGUAUACGAUGUGGAGUACAAGACAGAAAGCAAGCCUGACCUCGUCAAAGCAGCGUCCUUCAGAUGUUCAACGGCGCCCAUCGACAUGACGGUCAACGGCUCGUUAAUAGCCAUCGCGGAUCUAAUGAAGUCGCUAGUCGUGGUCCAGUACCAGCGGGGCGAGACCGGCCUCUCGGAUACUUUGACAGAAGUUGCCCGACACUACCAGACGACGUGGGCUACGGCUGUAGCGGAGGUCGACGAGAACGCGUAUCUUGAGAGCGACGCCGAGGGUAACCUCCUGGUCCUGUACAGAGAUCCCAAUGGCGUCACGGAAGAUGACAAGAAGAGGCUGAAUAUGAGUUCUGAGAUGCUGCUCGGCGAGAUGGUAAACAGAAUACGCAGGAUAGAUGUUGCCCCAGCGCCAGACGCAGUUGUCAUCCCCAGAGCCUUUAUGGGAACCGUCGAAGGCUCAAUAUACCUCUUUGCUCUCAUAGCCCCGUCCUAUCAGAACCUUCUGAUGACUCUCCAAUCCAACCUCGCGGAGCUCGUUCACGCCCCGGGCGACGUCCCCUUCACCAAAUACCGCGCAUUCAAGAACCAAGUGCGGGAAGCGGAGGAACCGUAUCGUUUUGUAGACGGCGAAUUAGUAGAACGAUUUUUGUAUGUGAGUGAGGAGGUGCAGAGGAAGGCCGUAGAGGGGCUAGGCGUUGACGUCGAGAGGGUAAAGAGUUUGGUCGAGGUACUGAGGAGGAUACACUGA